CGUCGCAGCUUCAGAGCAUUUUAUCCGCUUGCGGAUUUAGUCCGGUCGAUUCUAGUCUGAGCUCGAUUAUUGUCAACCAGAUCAAUGAGUCCAUGCGUGAUUCGAACGAAGCGGCCAUGUUUCUGGCGCAACUGAUCCACGAGAGCGGUGGCUUCAAGUAUCGUAAGGAGCAGAGCGGAGGUGCCGGUCAGGACUACGGAACUCGAUACUGCGGACGUGGAUUUAUACAGUUGACAUGGGAGGACAACUACCGGAAGGCUUCGCAGUCGAUCUUCGGGGAUGAUCGACUGGUCCAAAAUCCUGAUUCGGUGUCCGACGAUCCGAACAUGUCGAUGCGCGUUUCGGUUUGGUACUGGGAGUGGGCAGUCCGUUCGGCCGGCGGCCCUCAGCAGAACAAAUUCGGCAUGACUACCAAGGCGAUUAACCCCAUGGAAAACGGUCCGGAGAACCCUACUGCGAAGAGACGCUACAACUUCUACCAGAAAGCGGCCAAUGUUUUGGGUAUCAGGAAUCAGGCCAGCGAUGCGUGGUGGUAGUGUUAGUGUCGGUCAACAAGCUUAUAUGAAAUAUAAUUGAAUAUAGCUAUACAUAGCUGCAACAACAUUCCCUGUUGUAUUUGAUGAUUUGGACGAUGGAUAAAAACCUCCUUUAUCAAGCUAGGUGGCAAAAAUAGCACGAAAACUGUUUUCAUAGCCGUGAUUAUCAAAAGAGAAAGUCGAUGAAGAGCAUCGAUCAAAGCAGAUAGGCCCUUUUUUCAGCUCUGUAUAGAUAUAUUGAAAAUUUCGUGCAGAUUGGUAGUGUUUUGUGUCUUUCUAUACUUUAUCAAACAAUCCAAAAUGACAU